AUGGCAUGCUCAAAAAUAUUUUCAGGAGAUUUACCCGAAUUAACAAAUGAUAUUAUACAGUAUCUUGAAAAAGAUUUUUCAACAUUGUAUUCAUGCAUUUUAAUUAAUAGAUUAUGGUGUCGUUUAGCCAUUCCAUUAUUAUGGGAAAAUCCAUUUUUAAAGGAAUAUCCCGAAAAUCAACACUUUAUUGAAAUUUACUUAAGUAAAUUAAAUGAAGAUGUCAAAACAAAAUUAUAUGAAUAUGGAGUUAAUAAUAAUUUAAUAUCUUCAAAUACACUAUUAUUCAAUUAUCCUAGUUUUAUUAAAUACUUAAAUAUAGAUAACAUUUUAAAUUCUAUUCGAAUGUGGGUUGAUACUGUAGUGGGUAAAAACCAAGAGGAGCUAGUAAACUUAAUUUAUAGGUCAUUACUUGAAAUGUUUAUUGAAAAUGAAGUAAAUUUAUAUUCUUUUGAAGUCGAACUGCCUAUACAUACUAAUGUUGGUUAUUUUGAUAAUAGUAUAGACUUGAUUUUACAAAAUCCAAAUCUUACAUAUAAUAUAAGCAAUUUAACAUUCCGUAUUUUUAAUUAUAAUACUCAAAAUAUGAUUAAAUUAUUGAAAAUUUUAUAUUCUAAUUGCAAUUCAAUCUCAUCAAUAGUUUUAGGAUAUGAUAUUGAUUAUUAUCGUUCAUUAAUCGGAAAAUGUUUAAUACAAAUAAUUAUUUCACAACAUAAUCUCAGAAAAAUUACAUUUGAAUAUAAUAUUACUUUACGUAAUCCAUUUUUAUCAUUAAAAAAUUCUAAUUGUUCAAAUACUUUGAAUAUCAUUAUAUUUUAUUACAUUGAUUUUGAGGAUAUAAUUAGUAUUUUACAAGAGGUUUUUGAUCAAUUGAAUGUUUUAGAGUCUAUUCAUAUUUUUUAUUGUUCUUCUUUAAAUUCUGAUUUUGUUAAACAAAUUCUUAAGGUUAAUAAACCAUUUAAAUUGAGAUCUUUGUUUAUGGAUGAAAUAUUACAUUUUGAAUCAAUACAAUUGCUAUUACUGAAAUUUAGUGAUUGUCUAGAAAAUUUUGGAUUUGGAUAUACGAUGUUUAAUGAAUAUGAUGAACCAAAACAACAAUUAUUUGAAUUAAUUACGAAAUAUUGUAAAAAGAUUAGAUAUUUUGAAUCGGGAAUACCUGAUGAUAAUAAUAUUUAUUUAUUCAUUGAAAAUAAUCAACAUAAUAUUAAUUAUCUUACUAUUGAAGCAGAUUUUAAUAGUUAUACUGAUUGUAAGGAAUUAAGUUCAAAUGUAUUACAGAAAUUAGGACAGGUUCUUCCUUAUAAAUUAGAAUAUUUAUGUUUAAUCCUUUCAUUUAAUACAAGUGAUCUAGAAAUAUUUUUAGAAAGAUCACAAAAUACUUUUAUUGAAAAAUUAUUAAUUAGUAAUGAUGAUGAAAUGUCGGGUAAGUAUGAACAUCUUUUAUUUUGUAUAAAGAAAUAUAUUAUGAAGAAGGAAAGGGUUAAAUAUUUGGCUAUUAAUAAUCAUAAAGAUAUAGUACGUAAUGAAUUAUUUACUUUAAAAGAUGAAGUAAAUGAAUUUAAAUUACAUAAUAUUAUAGUUCAACAAUACAGUAAUUUAUAUAUUUCUGCAUAUGAAAUUAUGAAUAAAUAAAUUUAUUUUAUUUUAGAAGAUGGAAGUUGUACUUUAAUUCAUUAAUGUAUUGUAAAAUAUGGAAAACUUCUAGAGUAUCGAUUAACGUUAAAAGAAUAGUACCUGCAACAAAUCCAUGUUAUGUUUGGUUAUGAAAAGCAAGCCUUUAUAUAAAAAUCGUCAAAAUAUGUAUAAUGUAUGAUAAUUCCUAGAAUUAUUAAACACAUAAAAUCAUUAUUAUAGCCGUUUUUUAAAAGAUAUGAUCAGUGAUUACAGGACUUAUGAACGAAAAAAAAAAAUUAGUUUUUUUAGUAGUAUAAGAUUUCUCUGUAAACUUUCUAUUUAGUACUGCAAUCUU